UUUUUAAAGCACUUUAAAAAUGUCAGUACAUUGUCUUCCAGCUUGUAUAGUUUCUGAUGAGAAAUUCUCUGUGAUUCUUUAAUUCAGUUCCAGAUCACUGCAAUAAAGCAAGUCACAUGAAUAUUUUGGUUUCUCAGUGCAUAUAAAAGUCAUGUUUACCUUAUACUGCAGUCUGUUAAGUGUGCGAUAUCAUUGUCUAAAAAACAAUGUGCAUACCUUAAUUUAAAAGUACUUUAUUACUAAAAAAUGCUGACCAUCAUCUGACAAUGCAAAGUUACCACAAACCUUCAAUUUGUUUAAAAAUAAAAAAGCAAUCUGUGACGAGCAAUAAAAUGAGGUAUGUCUGUAUGUAACGUGUCAGGGUUUUUUUCUGGCUGCUUUCAAGAAUUUCUCUCUAACUUAGGUUUCCAUUGGUUUGAAUGUGAUAUGUCCAGGUGUGUCCAUUUUAUUUUGUUUUUUGAUAUUUAUCCUUUUUGGAUAAAUUAUCUGAGUUUCUUGGAUCUGUGGUUUGAUAUCAUUCAGUAUUUUUGGAAAAUCCUUGGUCAUUAUGUCUUCAAUACUUCUUCUGUCCCAUUUUCUCUUCUUUUGGGAUCCCAAUACAUUUUUUUAAAGAUUUAUUAUUUAUUUUAUUUUAUUUAUUUUUGGCUAUGUCGGGUCUUAGUUGCAGCAUGCAGGAUCUUUCGUUGCAGCACGCCGGCACUUAGUUGCAGCACAUGGGCUUCUCUCUAGCUGUGGCAUGCGGGUUUUUCUCUCUCUAGUUGUGGUGCGUGGGCUGUGUAGUUUGCGGCACAGGGCUCUCUCGUUGAGGCUCGUGAGCUCAGUAGUUGUGGUGCAAGGGCUUAAUCGCCCUGUGGCAUGUGGGAUGUUAGCUCCCCAACCAGGGAUCGAACCUGCGUUCCCUGCAUUGGGAGGCAGAUUCUUUUCUACUGGACCACCAGGAAAGUCCCUGGGAUCUCAAUACAUUUUUGUUAGGCCAUUUGAUAUUGCACUACAGCCCUUGGAUUCUCUGUCCUUUUUUUUCCCCCCUUUCCUUUCUCUUUGUGUCUCAGUUUGGGUAAUUUCUUUUGAUCUGUCUUCAGAUUUACUGAAAAUUUCCUCAACUCUGUUGUAAUGCCUAUUGAAGGUAUUCUUUCAACUCUGUUACUGUGCUUUUCUUAGCAUUUCCAUAUUUUUCUUGAAGUUUCCAUCUCUUGAAAUUCUCUGUUCAUUCAUUUUGUAAAUCUUUUCCUUUAAAGCUUUAAUAUAUGAAUCAUAGUUUUAAAUUCCCUGUCCGAUAAUUUAAUCAGUUAUGGUUUCUUUUGACUUUUGUCAGUUGAUAGUGGGUUGUCUUAGUCUUACCUUUUUGGAUAUUUCAUAAUGCUUGAUUGAAAGUGAGUGCUGCCAGCAUGAUCCUUUUUGCCCCUUCUGAACAGGCAAAAGGACUAGCUCAGGAGGUGGUAUUUUCUCAGGUGAUGUGUAAGGAUUUCCAAACAAGUCAUUCUAGAAGUUCUGAGGCAGGUCAGAUCUUUAAUAACAAUACCUUUCUUUUUCCUCUAUUUCAGUUUUGCCUUCCUGGUUCUCUGCCUUUAUCCAAAAGCUACAGAAAAUGAACAAAUCCCAGAAUGAAUAGCAAUAUGCCAUUUCAGGGAUCAGUGUCAUUUACGGAUGUGACUGUGGACUUCACCCAGGAGGAAUGGGAGCAACUGGACCCCUCUCAGAGGAUCCUCUACAUGGACGUGAUGCUGGAGAAUUACAGCAACUUACUAUCAGUGGGCUUUCUGAAGUCCAAGCAGUUAGGAGCUGUGUUCCAUUAUCAAGUUCUCUGAUAUUAUCAAACCAGAUUUUCAUGUUGGAUCAGUGAGAAGAGUUAUGGAUACCAGAGUUAGAAUUUCCAGUUCACAACUUUCUAGGGAAGAUGUGGAAGGUCGGAAGGAGAAUCAGAUAGAAGCCAGUGGAAGUAAUAUCCUAGAGAUUAUGAAUGGAGGUAUGGAAGGCUGAUGACCAGAUGGAGAGGGACCACAGAAACCCAGAUGAGCAGGCAAGGCCUUUUAUCAUCUUUAAGAACCAAACCCCAGUUGAAGAAAGAGAUAAUCUCUUUGGAAAAACAUUUAAUCUUAGCACAGACUUUGUUUCUUUAAGACAAGUACCCUAUAAAUAUGACUUAUAUGAAAAAACUUUGAGAUAUAAUUCAGACUUACUUACUAGCGAUAGAAGCUAUAUAAGAAAGAAAGACGAUGACUGUAAUGGAUUUGGAAAAGCACUCCUCUACCUGAAGCAAGAGAAAACGCAUACUGGAGUGGAAUACUCUGAAUAUAAUAGAAGUGGAAAAGCCUUUAGCCAUAAAGAAGGCAUUUUUAAACACCAGAAAAUCAGAAAUUUGGUGCAACCUUUUAUCUGUAAUUACUGUGACAAGGCGUUCUCAUUUAAAUCACUCCUUAUUAGUCAUAAGAGAAUACAUACUGGAGAAAAACCUUAUGAAUGUAAUGUGUGUAAGAAAACCUUUUCCCAUAAGGCAAACCUCAUUAAACAUCAGAGAAUCCAUACUGGGGAGAAACCCUUUGAAUGUCUUGAAUGUGGAAAAGCUUUCACCCACCAGUCAAACCUCAUUGUACACCAGCGAGCACAUAUGGAGAAGAAGCCCUACGAAUGCAGUGAAUGUGGCAAGACCUUUGCCCAGAAAUUUGAACUUACUACACACCAGAGAAUUCAUACCGGAGAACGACCCUAUGAGUGUAAUGAAUGCGCCAAAACCUUCUUCAAGAAAUCAAACCUCAUUAUACACCAGAAAAUUCACACAGGGGAGAAACGCUAUGAGUGCAGUGAAUGUGGAAAAUCCUUUAUCCAGAACUCACAACUCAUUAUACAUAUGAGAACUCAUACCGGAGAAAAACCCUAUGAAUGUACUGAAUGCGGCAAAACAUUCAGCCAGAGGUCAACUCUUAGAUUACAUUUGCGAAUCCACACAGGAGAGAAACCAUAUGAGUGUUCUGAAUGUGGGAAGGCCUUCAGCAGGAAGUCCCGACUCAGUGUCCAUCAGAGGGUUCACAACGGGGAUAAACCCUGAGACUGCAGCCAGGUUGUACUGUGAGAACCCUUCCAUUGGGGAGAAACCUCGAGAAGGUGCUGAAGGAACAUGGGAACUCAUACUGAGAUACAAUCUGUCAACUCAAAAAUGUGUAAAAAUGAGGUCCCCUAAGAACAAUAUUGUACUGAUAGUUAGGUAUAUGAUACCCAACUAAAGAAUACAUAUCAGAAUAUAUCCAAUUGUAAAUAGACUUACUUGGCUGUAUUACAGUGAGUUUUUAAAAAUCUUGAAUAAUUCAUUCAGUAAUGAAAUAUUCUGGGCAGCAAGCAGCAUAAAGGAGCUAGAGACAAGUACCCUAGGAAUUCAGUGGUUAUGUGCGAGCAUAUGCCACCAAAAAAAAAAAACUGUAUAUUUUAGAUCUGCACAUGUAAGUUUAACAGACACUAAGAGUUUGGAAUUCUUGUCUUGAUAAUCAAAUUAGGACACAUCAAACAUGAUUUUCCAUACUGAACAUGUGUUUUUCAGUACCUUUACAAUCCAGCCUGCAUUCCAGAUGAAACACAUAACAGAUUUUCAUAGCAUGUAGCGUAUGUUUUCUCCUCCUCCUUGCUGGCAUAUAUAAGUUGGUAUGACCAUUGUUAUUGAGCUGCCUCUUCAGUCAACAGAAGACAAUGUUGAAGUUUCAACCUUCUGGGUUUGCUGAAGAUUUCCUAGAAGUAUUACUGACAUAAAUAUGCAAGUGUGAGAUAAUUGAGAGAGACUGAAGAGAGUGAAAGGCAGCAGAUGUGGGUUCUAUCACUCAGUGUGCACCACGGAAUAAAUGGGCUGUGUAAAGAAUAGCCACACCCAUCAUGCUCUUGUUAUUUUCCACUGGGAUAUUUACAUACAAAUGCAAAUGCAUGUCUUUUACCAAAAUAUUGUAUAACCCAGAAACUACAUGUAUUUUUGGGUGUUUCCCUAUUUCUCUUAAUAUUUUAUAAAUUGUCUUGCAAAGAAUAGGAUGCAUAUGUAGUUCCAGUGUUACAUUUCAGAGACUUUAGAGGAAAAAUAAUUUAAGAAACUGUCAAUAAAUGUCUUAUAUUGCUUUUUAAAUUUUCCAUGUGCUUAGUCCACUUUAGAAAUAAAUUUUUGCAGAAUUCUGUUUAAAGGAGGCAUUUCUUCCAUGAGUUUCACUAUCAUCAACCAAAAGCAUUUCCCUUUAGAACCUGACUUAGUGUAAGUUACAACUUUGCUUUAAAGGCUCACAAACACUUCAUAAAUUAGACUUUAGUGAUCUCCCCAUAUAUUUAUUAUUAACUAAAAAAAAUUUCUUAUUUUUGCCUAACUCAGAUUCCAUUUUAGGCUUGAUUUCAAAUUCACCAGUUCCUUUCCUUAUCCAUCACAAAUCAUGCAUUAGAACUGUAAAUGGCCACUGUAACUGGCCUUUUUUUCUUUUGUUUUUGAAGAUUAUUGAUGUGCUAUGACUGUAUAUGAACGUGAAUGAUUUUUCUGAACAAAUUUAUCAGAAUAUCCUUCGUCCAGUAAGUCUUUGUUUUUCUAAUUUGUCAUCUUAUCUAUAUUAAUGGCAAGGAAGCAAGGGAAGAGGUUAACUUCCUACACUGCUGUUAGAAAUACAAAUUGUGACAACCUCCUUGGAAAUAAUUGUGACUCUGUCUUUUAACGUUAAGAACACACAUGCAGUUGACUCUUGAACAGCACCAGUUUAAUAUGCACAGGUCCGCUUAUACACGGAUUUUUUUCAGUAAGUGCUACAGUCCUGCACAAUCCACGGUUGGUUGAAUCUGUAGAUGCAGAACCUUGGAUACGGAGGACUGACUUUAUACUUGGGUUUUCGACUACACUGAAGAUCCGUGCCUUUAACCCCGUGUUAUUCAAGGGCCAACUGUACUCAACCCAGCAGACUCAUUUCUGGGAAUCCAUCCCUAAGAAAAAAAAUAAAGUGCCAGUACCUAAGACUAUGUGUUUAUCAAUGUAUAUUGUAUUUUUUGGUAAGGACAAAAAAGGAAACAAUGUGAAUGACCAUCAGUAAGGGAAUGAUCGAACAAACUGUGGUAAAGAUAUACCACAGCUGGACAGUAUUCCAUGGGAAAGAGCA